AAAACAAAUCUGUGUUACAAAAGUUUUUAGUUUAUUUAAACAGAAAUAUGAGUUUAAUUAGUGCUGUUCUUCAUGAAGCCGAUAAAAUAUCAUUGGAAGAUUAUAAAAAAAACCGAGAUGAAUUGCUAACGAAAGUGAAAGAUCUUCAGGAGCGGAUGCAAAUGUUGUCGUGGGCUUUACACCAAAACAUAAUCGAUACUUACUUAAAUUUCGUGCCUACCAAAAGUUUAGAACAAUUGAACUAUAAGAAUCGCAAACACAACAUUCUUGCAGAUUACGACAAGCUUGUUACGGAAGUUAAGACAUUCAAUGAAAAAUUCAUUAAAAUGGACUCAAAAGACGAGUUUAGUAACUCUUACAAACUUUUUGAUACUGCCUAUAUCAAUUUUUUGGAUCUCUGUACAGUGGUUGAGGGUAAAAUAAUAUUGGAUAAGGCUAAUCAUGAAUUUGGGCGUAACAACUACACUGAGGCUGUUAUUAGUGUGAAAAAUCUACAGAAAAACUUACACUGCCUAACAUUCGAUGGAAAUGCAAAAAAAGCUUUGAACAAUGUUAUAUCCCAAUGUGAAAACCAACUGUCGAUGUAUUUGGCUCAAUUGAGUGUUGAAUGGGAGGAUAUAUUUGUAUGGAAAGAGACUAAAGAACCUUUUUAUAUGACAUACUCAUUAUCCGUCCAACAAAAUGACUCUCAACUGAUACAAAAAAUUCUAAAGUCAUUGUAUGUAACUGACAGACUAAAUGCAGAACUUGGUUUAUUCUCUAAUUUCUUUAUAAGAAACCUUCUUCACAACGUCAUACGACACAACUGUGAUAUCUUUACAGAAGACCAUAUUGGUGCUCUGGAAUUCAAUAUUAAGAUAGACUUAAAUGACAAAAAGAAGCCAAAUUUUAAUACUAUAUUCAAUAACUUAACAGCUAUAUUUGAAUUUCUGCAUUCAACUCUAGGUUCUCAUUUUGAAUGUGAUAAAACAUUUAUUGAAGUGUUUGCAGAAUCUAUAAACAAUAAGUUUUUUAACAAAAUAAUUGAAGACUGCAUAAGAAACAAUCUGCCAUCCUGUGACAGCAGCUACGAAAAUUACAAAAAUAUAGUUGUGGAAUUAGAUUCCUUCAACAAGUUUUUGAUCGACCUAAAAUUUGUUGCUGCUGAAAAGUCACCUUUAAAUAAAUUUGUCAGUGACACUGAGUGUGUGCUGUAUGACAAGAGAUGUGAUAAACUAUUAUUUGAUAUUCGCAAUCUACUUAAGCAAAGUCUCUCCCAUGGGAUUGUCUCUGUUGGUCAAGAAAUAGAUAUUCAGAAUGAAUCUAUGUAUGAUGACACCCAAAAAGAUAUAUUAAACAGCCCAUUGCACCUCCCCAAGUGUGUUAUAUCUGAAAAUGUUAAAGAGAUAAUGUCUAUGAUCAUUAAACAUUUAGAAGAAAGUAUUAAAUUACCAGAAAAAUAUGGCGAGCAACUUGUACUUUAUAUCAAAGACAUAGCAGUCAACUAUCAAUGUAUUGUGCCUAAGAAGUUUAAAAUCAAUUUGGAGUGUUGUCCUUUAGACAUUGCCUUAUUCUUCAACAACUGCUUCUACCUCGCUCACAGCCUGCUCGGUCCACCUUGGAAGAAUGUACUUCCUGCGAGACUUGCUAAUUACCUCACAACAACACUUUUAGAAUGCGUUCAAGACUUGAGAGCUGUAGGUUUACAGAAAAUUUCAUUGUACUUGCAAAAUCAGAAAAAUGUAAUUAUUCAAGAAGUCGAAGCUAAUGAACUACCAUGGUCUCAAAACUCAUUUGAAGUGUUAGAUGGAGCUGUGAAUCACGCAAUAAGUUUAAUGAGGGAAUUGAAAGACUGCUGGAACAGUGUCCUGCCAUUAAAAAUGUAUGAACUUUCAAUGUGUACUCUUGCACAAGCUCUUUGCCAGUCAAUGUUGCAGAGGAUGUUUGCUGACACCAAACCAAUAUGUGAAGAGUUGGUUUAUAUGCUGGCUAUUAGAUUUGAAGACACUGUUGAUGAUAUUCUAUUUUUGUUUGAGAAAUCAGUAAAAUUGGAAAUGAAAAUAAACUGUUGGAAUAAAUUCAUCAAAAUGCCCCAGCUUUUGAAAGCUCAAUUGUUGGAGAUCACAGACCUUUGGAAACACGAUACAGACUUGAAUCGAAGCUACACAUGUGAAGAAAUACGAUCUAUUACGGCAUUCCUGAUCACAGCGUUAGCGAUCGUCGUCAAUCAACGUGUCGUAAACGCACAAACUAGCGUAUUCGAAGACUUAUUGGCAAUAGAGACGAAGAAUAAUGCGCUAACUGUAAUAAAUGGACCCAAAAUCCUCAAACCACCAACAGGCCUCACAUCAAUAUCAAACCAAACGUUUAUUCCGGAACCAAGGCCGCCAAGUAAACCACCGAUUAAUUUAUCGCCCGAUAAAAAGUACUUCUAUGAUUUACCUCCGCAGUUUUUUAACCCAGCAAAGAAGCUUCAAGCCCCACCGGUACAUGUUUACACCAAAGAACCAUUGAAGCUGUCAAACUCUGUAUAUAAGUUUCCUAAUGUUGUUUCUAUGCAACAUGGAAAUAAAAUUCAAGCUCCACAAUAUUCGCCGACUAUAAAUAGACCUCCAGUAUACUCACCAACGAGUGGCAAGACCUCAAUCAUUAAUAGUCCUAAAUUUAGUCUCCCGAUCCAAACAAUAAAUGGAAUUCGCACUGAUUUUGUUAAACCGCCGCCGUUUAUUAAUAUUACGACAACAUCGACUACCACUCCGACGACCACAACAAGAUUAUUGAGAACUAAAAGGAUUUGGCCAAAAAGAAUGUUGGAGAAGAACAACUCGACAUCACUAAAUAGCUCAGCUACAAAUGACUUUUUAAAAAAUAAUGUCUCUAACAUAACUGAUCUUGCCGUUUCGAGUAGUCGAGUAAGAGUAAGAUACGCCAGCACCGAAAAGCCCAUUACCUCGACGAGCUCACAAUCGACAACGCGUGGCUAUCGCAGAGUAACGAGAGCGCCAAAGGCAAAUGUAACAACCCAAGCCUCUAAAAUAGAGCCAAACGAUUGGAUACCGAUUGUCCCCCAUCAAUAUACUAAAAGAAAACCGUUGAGGACGCGCAUUAGCAAGCGAUCGAUCGAUCGAAGUGAUAAAGAGCGAUCAGAUGUAUAUUUCGAUAACCAGGGAGAAUAUACAGACAAUAAAAAUGUAUUGUACCUACAACCAUAUGGAAUACUUCCAAUGAACAACCAUUUACAAGGCGGAGCCGCAGCUAUUGGCAAUAGAAUGGUUUUUUUUCGUAAAAAGAAACAAACGAACCUGAAUAAUCAAGAACAAUCGUCGAUAUUAAAUCCAUUUGCUUACGCCUCUCAACAAAGCCCGAAGUUUGCUUCGUUUGCCGAGACUGCACAAACUAGACUGAAAAAUCUUUUAAAUCCAUUAGCAUACGCCACUGAACAACAACCAAAAGUUUUAUUGAAUCCAUUUGCUUAUUCUCUUGAUAACAAUCCAAAAACAGUUUUAAAUCCAUAUGCCGCUGAACCUACAGAACAACGUCCAAAAAUUAUAUAUCGAGGACAUAAAAAAUCGAAAAGUCGUCUGCCUUUACAGUCAACCGGGUACGAAGAUCAAAGACAGGAAGCUAGCCAUCACGCCAAAGUUGUAACCAAAAUCAAACACCAUCAUCAUCACCACCAUCACAGAUACAUUAAAACUGUGGAAAAACCUGUCAACGUUCCAGUAAAAGUGGAAGUCCCAAAGCCUUAUCCGGUAGAAAAGCAAGUUCCAGUGCCAGUCCCCGUGGAGAAGAUUAAAAUAGUAGAUCGACCAUACCCCGUUACGGUAGAAAAAAAGGUACCGUAUCCAGUAGCAGUUAAAGUUCCACAUCCGGUGCCUUAUAAAGUGGUCGAAAAAGAAUACGUACCAAGACCAUACCCAGUAAUACAACAUGUUCCCGUCGUCAAACACGUCGAAGUUAAAGUGCCACAGCCCGUACCGGUAGAAGUGGAGAAGAGGGUUCCUGUGCCAGUUCAAGUCGCAGUGCCUGUCGAAAAGCAGGUGCCAUAUCCUGUUGAAGUAGAAAAAAGAGUUCCCUACCCAGUCCCGGUUAAAGUUUACGUUCCUCAACCAUACGCUGUCGAAAAGAGAGUGCCUUAUCCUGUUGAAGUAAAAGUAAAAGAACCCGUGGAAGUUAUAAAACACGUUGAAGUUAAGGUUCCUGUACCACAACCGUAUCCAGUGAAAGUUCCUCAUCCUGUACGCGUUGAAGUCGAAAAAAGGGUACCAUAUCCGGUUCAGGUAGAAAAAAGAGUUCCCGUUCCAUACGAAGUGUUGGUACCACAGAAGGUAGAAGUGGAAAAGAGAGUACCAGUUUACGUUCCGAAGCCUUAUCCCGUAGAGAAGAAAGUACCAUAUCCAGUUAGAGUACCGUAUCCAGUAAAAGUGCCAGUCGAGGUCCCAGUUGAGGUUCCGGUAUAUAUUCAUCAUCCUUUCCAGAUUAUUAACGACGAUGUGCUCGUGGGUGGAGCGUCAGAGCACGAAUACUCGGAAAACCAAGUCAUCGACAGAUCUACCGAUGGCCAAUCGGCAGCGACGCCACCUCCAGACAAUUCAUCAACGAGUAUUCCCCACCACGCUGUCACGGUUCACGGUAACACUGGCUAUAACAGUAUCUCGUCUAGAUCUGAUAGCACAUCGGCAACCACACCUGCCCAAUCCUCAAUAAACUAAAAUAGCAUUAUCUUCACAAUAGCAGCUGUGAUAACAUCAUAUAUUUCACAUUGAUGAUUAAUGAUAAAUACAUGAUACACAGCAAUUGUUUCUCUAUCAUCGAAAGAGGAACGAUAUUGUUAAAUACGCCUUUAGUAUUUUU